UGCCGCCCUGCCUGAAAAGGCUGCGAGGCGCCGCCGGGGAAGGAGAGGAGGCGCAGACGGCGCCCCAGCCCGCACCGCCGCCGCGCCCCGGGGGAUGCCCUAAGGGAGAGGCGCUCGCUCCGCACCGCAGCCCGGGGGACGCCGCCCCGUCGCCAGUGGGACGCCCGCGCCCCGGGGCAGGGUGGCGAAGCGGGGCCUCGGGUGCGUUUUAAUUUCUCGCCGAGGAUGGAUAGGAUUCUUUUUCUCGCGUGGGGAUUCCUAGGGCUGUGCUUACCCGGCUCCGGAGGCGCGGCGGAGACAGCUCAGCCAUGUGGGGGCCGCCUGAACUCCAAGGAUGCUGGGUAUAUCACCUCCCCAGGGUACCCCAAUGACUACCCCUCCCACCAGAACUGUGAGUGGGUCAUCUACGCCCCUGAGUCCAACCAGAAGAUUAUCCUCAACUUCAACCCUCACUUUGAAAUCGAAAAGCAUGACUGCAAGUACGACUACAUUGAGAUCCGAGAUGGGGACAGUGAAGCGGCAGACCUGCUGGGCAAGCACUGUGGGAACAUAGCACCUCCUACCAUCAUCUCUUCUGGCCCCUCUCUGUAUAUCAAAUUCACCUCAGACUACGCACGGCAAGGGGCCGGUUUCUCCCUGCGCUACGAGAUCUACAAGACAGGCUCGGAGGACUGCUCCAGAAACUUCACUGCCUCCAAUGGCACUAUCGAGUCUCCAGGUUUCCCUGACAAGUAUCCACACAACCUGGACUGCGUCUUCACCAUCAUAGCCAAGCCAAAGACAGAAAUCCUCCUCCACUUUCUGCUCUUUGACCUUGAGCAUGACCCGCUGCAGGCAGGAGAAGGAGACUGCAAGUACGACUGGCUGGACAUCUGGGAUGGCAUCCCUCAGGUUGGCCCCUUGAUAGGCAGGUACUGUGGCACUAAGAUGCCAUCGGACAUCCGCUCAACUACCGGCGUCCUCUCACUCACCUUCCACACUGACCUGGCAGUGGCUAAAGAUGGUUUCUCUGCUCAGUACUACUUGAUCCAGCAGGAAGUACCAGAAAACUUCCAGUGUAACAUGCCACUGGGUAUGGAGUCUGGCAGGAUCUCCAACAUGCAGAUCAGUGCCUCCUCCACCUACUCAGAUGGACGAUGGACCCCUCAACAGAGCCGACUCAACAGUGAUGACAAUGGCUGGACCCCCAAUGUGGACAGCAACAAAGAGUACCUCCAGGUGGACCUCCAAUUCCUGACUGUGCUUACAGCCGUUGCUACACAGGGUGCCAUCUCCAGAGAAACCCAGAAUGGCUACUAUGUCCGUACCUACAAGCUGGAGGUCAGCACCAAUGGGGAGGACUGGAUGAUGUACCGACAUGGGAAAAACCACAAGACAUUUCAGGCCAACGAGGACGCCACAGAGGUGGUUCUCAACAAGAUCCACAGUCCAGUGCUCACACGUUUCGUGCGCAUCCGUCCGCAGAGCUGGCACAAUGGCAUUGCCCUGAGGCUGGAGCUGUAUGGCUGCCGCAUCACCGAUUCACCCUGCUCCGGCUUGCUGGGAAUGCUUUCUGGCCUCAUCCCUGACUCACAGAUCUCGGCCUCUUCCAUCAGAGGCUAUGACUGGUCUCCCAGCAUGGCCCGCCUGGUGAGCAGCCGCUCAGGCUGGUUUCCCCGAGUCCCCCAAGCCCAGCCUGGGGAAGAGUGGCUGCAGGUGGACCUCGGCGUCCCAAAGAAUAUCAAAGGCGUCAUUAUCCAGGGGGCUCGCGGAGGAGACAGUGUGACCACCACUGAGUCCCGCUCCUUUGUGAAGAAGUUUAAGGUGGCUUACAGCAUGAAUGGAAAGGACUGGGACUUCAUCCAGGACCCCAAAACAAUGCAAGCCAAGCUUUUUGAAGGCAACAUCCACUAUGAUAUCCCUGAAGUCCGGAGGUUUGACCCUGUUCCUGCCCAGUAUGUCCGAGUGUACCCAGAGAGGUGGUCCCCAGCGGGAAUAGGAAUGCGCCUGGAAGUGUUGGGCUGCGACUGGACAGAUGCGAAGCCCACUGCAGAGACUCUGGUGCCCACUUUGAAGAGUGACGAGCCCACUACCCCAUACCCAACUGAUGAAGAGGCAACUGAGUGUGGUGAUGGCUGUGGAGAAGAGGAGGAUUUCCGUCUCCCUGCAAACUUCAACUGCAACUUUGAUCUCCCUGAAGACCUCUGUGGUUGGUCACAUGAUUUGACAACGGGUUAUACAUGGUCUUUUCAGCCUACGAACAUGUGGAUUGGCAACUCUGAACCAAGCCUUGAUACUGUGCCUGAUGGGAAGAAUUACCUGCAGCUGCAGAGCAACGGGAGGAGAGAAGGCCAGCGAGCCCGGCUCAUCAGUCCCACCAUCUAUCUGCCCCGGAGUGCUGUGUGCAUGGUCUUUCAGUACCAGGCAUGGGGCAGCAAUGGGGUGAUGCUGCGGGUCUGGCGGGAAGCCAGACAGGAGCACAAGCCACUCUGGGUCAUCAUGGAGGACCAAGGGGAGGAGUGGAGGGAAGGCCGCAUCAUCUUGCCGAGCUACGACAUGGAGUACAGGAUUGUGUUUGAGGGAUUUAUACGCAACGGCCACUCAGGAGAGCUCGCCCUCGAUGACAUUCGACUAGGCACCGACAUCCCACUGGAGAACUGCAUGGAACCCAUCACAGCUUUUCCAGGUGAGAACUUCUACUUUCCAGUGAACUUCCCAAGAAUGGAGGAUGACUUUCCAAUCUCUGAGCAAGACUUUGAAGACAACGAUGAUCCAGAUUACUUUGGAUCGGAUAGGAACGACACACUGUUCUCUACUAACUCUCCAGGGACCCCAAAGCUGGACAAAGAAAAAAGCUGGCUCUACACUCUGGAUCCCAUCUUGGUAACCAUCAUAGCAAUGAGCUCUCUUGGUGUCCUUCUUGGGGCCAUCUGUGCUGGUCUGCUUCUCUACUGCACAUGCUCAUACGCUGGGCUAUCUUCACGGAGCUCCACCACACUGGAAAACUACAAUUUCGAGCUGUAUGAUGGCAUCAAGCACAAGGUUAAGAUGAAUCACCAGAAGUGCUGCUCAGAGGCCUGACAGGUGCCCUGGGGUUCACCCUCGGCAUUGCACCCAGUGAGGUGGGCUGACGGGGGGGUUACUUUUUUUGCUGUUUUCUAUGGGAACUGAAUGCCAUAAUGGGGAACAAGGAGCGGCAGGAGGAGCAAUGGGAGGUGCUGCUCCUGCCAUUAGGUCCCACCAGCAGGUCACAUUCUGCUAGGACCAAGCAGGCAUUCCUGCAAAUCAGACUCUGCUGGGUAAGGGGGGGGCGAGGCCCUUGUUUGUUGGUUCAUCUUCAUUUUCUGCUGAUGUGAGUGGCUGGGACGUGGCAAGGGAGACUGGUUUACCUUUUGGAUGUGAGAAACUAAAUGUUGAUCCUUAUUUCCCACCUCUUUUCUCUAGUGGGUUGCUGAGAAGGCUGAGGGAUUUCUUCAGCCACCUUAUCUUUAGAAAUAACACAAACACACACUUAGAGACCCCGUCCAUUUUAGACCCUGUCCAGACACCGUUUUGGUGUGGGGAUUUGUGCACCUCAGGCUAAGUCCUCAAAGGUGCAGUUUCCAGUCCUGAAAAUAGAAGGGUGUUGUUACCUGCAACUUUCCUUCUCCUGGUAGGAGGAGAAAGGUGGGAUGCUGGGUUUAGUGUCAAUGGUAACAGCAGCGCUUUUUGAAGUUAUUACAAAAUGAAAUAGAAAGGCAACUCUAUGUCUAGAAGCACCUCUUUGAGAGAAGCUGAAGAGCCUUAAAGUGUUUUGUGAAUAAGAGCCAUUUAUUAAAUCCAUAUCUUGGAUUGCGACAGCUGAGGCCUUCAUCGGGAAGGCCUUUCUUUGAAUCUCCCACCCCUCUUGAUCCUGCCCUUUUUUUUUUUCUAUAAUGAGAAAAUUGCAGCAAACAAAAGACAGAGCCUGUCGGGCUCCCAGCGCUCAGGCCACAGCUUUGGGAAGGGGGCUUCACUUGGGCUUUGACUUGAGAUACAGCACUGAGGCCUCUCCGAAUUGCCAGGGAGGGAAAAUGAAGAGGGAAGGAGAUGGGAGCUGUGGUGGGAGCCAUGCCUACGUUCCCAGACAUGACACCUGCUGGCCCACUCACCUUUGCAGCACCCCCCUUCUUCCCGGAGCUGGUGGGCGCAAGCUGGCGCUGCCAGCACCUAUGGACCAAACAGCUGCUGUUGUAUCCUCUUCAGAGCAAAGCUGCACUACUCCUGACCAGCAGCAAAACUCUGAAGUUUUAUUUAUGAGCUGUGUUUUGUUUUACUUUGAACAAGUGCCUUAGAAGAAGUAUUUUUCCUCCGUCUGAUGAUCAAUGCUGUAUCAAACAAGAAGUGAGGCCUUCAUCCUUCCCCAGCAAAACACUCUUCUUCACUGCUCUCUACCAGGUAGAGCCCAGCUGAAGAAGUCUGGUCCUUCUGCUUUCAAGUGGUCUGGCUACAUUGUCUGGCAGCUGAUACCUCUCCACUUAGCGCUCUGCUGUGGGAGAGGAGUGUUAUGAAAAACAAUUUAAUGGAGAGAAGGAGUUCAGAUGCUGACCCCCAAACCAAUGCCUUCGUUUCCAAUUCAGUAGACAGAUCACCCCUAUCAGCUUGCACAUAUAUAAGCAAGAAACUUUUCCAGCACAUUGGGUUUCCUUUUCCAGGGGUUCUUUGGAAGUACCUGACAUGUCCUGAAUUUACAUUUUUGCCUAGCAAACAGUUUGGGUUGGGGGAUGGACUUUUUUCCCCCUCAUUACCCGCGGAGCACCAAAAGUGUGAUGUGCUGUGAAGCUCAGUUUGCACAGCCCCUGCAAACACAUCCUGCAGGAGGACAGGUGAGUGGGGAGAUGAGCAACAUCUGGAAAGGCGAUGAGCAUGGACAGUGCCACAGCUGCUCCUUGGUGCCGUGGGAGUAGGAACAUUUGUCUAGUGAUUCAUGAAAAGCUCCAUCAGACAGUAAGUUUUUAGGGGAAAAAAAGACUUCUCCACUGUAAGAAAGGCGCACGUGUUACUGGGGAAGCAGAUACCAGCAGCUGUGUCAUCAAAACAUCCACGGUUCAUACACACGCACGCAGAGAUGCACACACAAAAAAGGCCUUCAUUUUUUUAAUUCACACUGUGCGCCCAACAGAAAUGGCAGUAAACGUCUCUCAGAUUCUCCUUUCAAAUCACCUUAUUUCUUUUGGCAUUCUUUGUGGACAAGUUCCACAGGGGUGUUAUUUUACUGCACAAAAGAAACAGAGGCAGUAAGAGGAAAUGUACCAGACCGUUAGACCGUUUCAAAGCUGGAUUGCUGCUGCUGCUGGAUGAUUUUUAUCCCCUUCGAAUCACAGGUGAGGGGGAGGUUGAAUAGAAAAGGACCAUUCAGUAGAAGAGUCGACUUAGGCAAACAAUAGGUGAAAAUAUAUAAUUAAAAAGGUGACGUUAUGGUGUCUAGUAGGCGUACAGAGAGAAGAGUUCGUAUAUACAUAUAUUCAGAAAUAGUGUGUUUGCACACGCACGUGAAUUCUCUGUAUGUAUCGUGUAUGUGACUUAUUCCGUGGGACUGACUCGUGUUAAUAUAUCUCUUGAUCUGGGGCAGGAGAGUACUGCCAAUCUUGGCACUAACUUGGCAUGGGCCCAGCAAAGCAUCUGCCCUGCGUGUCCGAUUUGCCCCUUCAGACGGGGCAGGGCCCACGCGUGUGCGCUUGCUGGGCGGGAGCAGGCCAAUAAUGCUGCAAAGCCGAUACCUCACUUACCUCUGCUGGGUGCUUUACUGUUCUACAGAAAACUGUGUUUGAUUGUAACUUCAACAGGGAAAAAGCAUUCAAUUCAUUGCAUCCUUCUCAGCAAAUAGAUUAGGUUUGCUGAUUGCAAUUCCCUCUGUGAAAUCCAGAAAAUGAAAAAAAAAAAGAAAUUGGUAUUAAUGCCGUUGCUGAAAUAGGCUUUUGCGUCCACACCUUUCCCAUGGUAUGGAUGUGUUGCUAAUGGGCAGGCUGUAGUGCUGGGUGAUUUCAUUUUGUGGGAAGGUGCUGGGGGUGCCCAUGGGAAUUAAACCAUUAAGAAAUUAUAUGCAGAAAUGGAACUUCUCCAAGGUUUGCAGUUCAAGGUAUUUGACCGUUCACUGGCUGAGCCAGGACUUAUGGACUUAAAAGAGCUUUUACUGUGAUUCUUCAGUGUAAAAAAAAAAACACAAAAAAAAAACCAACAAAAAAAAUCAAACUGUGUUUAUAUGAUUUGUAUAAAAACCUUUUAAAAUUACUAUUUAAUAAACAUGAUGGUAGAGAUUAUGUUUCAGUGGCUUUUUUGUUUAUGACAGAGCAAUACCAAGGAAACUAAACUGAGAGGGCAACGGCCAACCAGAACCCCCAAGGGAAACUGAGGCACGGCUGGAGGCACACGGGGGCCAUGCCCACCACCCUCCUUUGCUGCAUGCUGCCCGUCCCCUUGGGGAGGUCACCGCAGGCUGUCUGUCACCCCAAGGUGAGUUGGGGCUGCCAUGUAGACCCUGUGCUCACACGCAUCCUCUCACUCCAACAUGGCCUCCCCUCCUGGAGCCAGGGAUGGCUGGAAGCUGCUUUGGUCUAACAGCAGCACCUGUAUGCAAAGCCAAAUGCUGACACGGGCUCCGUGCCAGCACUGCUGCCGAUCCCCAGCGUGGUUUUAGGCUAAGAAAAACGUCAUUUAGGACUAAGCUUGGGUUUGACCAGAAAGGUCCAGUCGAGGCUUUGCAGUGCAACCACAUAACACAGUAACAUCCAGCCAGGAGCGAUGUGGGUUGACCGGGACACUGUAGGGAUUCUAGCUGCACACAGGGCUGGAGGUGACUCAGAUGUGGUGGAACCAUGCACAGAGCAGCCUGCGCCCUCUCUGCCUCCUUCAAGCCAGCCUUGGGGAUGUGCAGGGGACCAGACUGUCCCAGCUCAGCCACCUGAGCCAGGGUUCAGGUGCUGGGUGCCAGCAUGUCCUUGUCCUGGUCCCACAGCCCUGUGAUGGUAGGCAGUGACUCGGAUGGCCUAGUCCUCUGCAGUUCACCAUCAGCCCCACCUUUGGGUGUCACAAGGUAUCUGGGAGCAGAGACUCCCAGCAAACCCCAUAACCAAGCCUAGCCCCACACACUUGUCUUCUCCACCCUCUGUCCAUUCUGUUCCACUGCCCUGAUGAUGGCCUUGGCCUGGGGGAGACUUGUAUCUCUCAGGGGUUCCAGGCAGCCGGGAGCCAGCACAGGGCUGCAGGGAGCCAGCUGGAGAAACAGUGGGGCUGAAUCUACAGCAUGGAAACUCUUGUUUAUUUAUGGGCACCCUGACAAACGAGAGCAAAUCCAUCAAGCCCUGGACAUCUCCAAAGCAAAUGAAAUUUUGCUGCCGUCUCCUUACCUCCAACAUAGUGCACCCCUCCCAAAGUGCAUGUGUGUUAAAGAGGGUCUUUAAGCGAUGAAGAGCAGCAGGCAGCUUAGAUGAAGAUGACAGUGUAGCUGCAACCUUGACAGCUCUUCCUUCACCCAGGAAUAAAGAACUGAUGUGCAGAUUGAUACCUGGGGGAGAGGCUGUCAGUGAGCAGGACGGAGACGGCAGAUAAGCGACUCAAUCAGUGUCAGACCUGUCCUGCCGUAACACCGCCUGUAAAUCAUUGUGGUUAAAGAGGUGCCUCCGCUAAAGUGAGGAGCAGAAAGCAGGUAAUAGAAAAAUGGGUGGUGAAGCAGAUGUGUGCACUGGUUGGGUUAAAAGCCUGAUCGCUGGGCUGCGGCUGCCACCUGGGCAUGAAGGGGCAGCAGGCACCCGCUUUGUGAUACUGAAAUCUUUAGGGGUUGUUUUUAGCAGCACAAGCUGGGAUUGCAUCUGGGUGGGCUGCCCUGGGGCUGGCCAGGUGGGGUGGCACCCGGGGAGUGCCUGUUUCCCUGCUGCGUUUGCCAUGCACACUCAGGUACCCGCUGCCAGUGGAGGCUCGAGGGUGUGGGGCAGCAGCAGCAGCAUUUCAUGUUGCACCAGAGUAAUCGGCAUCUGAGCAGGCCAAUUAAAUUGAUUUCACCAUUCUCGGGCUGCUCCAAGGUAGGGAUUCAGCUGCUCCAACAUGUCCUCGAGAGCUGAUUGCGACUGUGCAUGCACGCUUGCUGUCUCUCUCACCCUUUCUUCUUUGAAAUAUUCCUUUGCUUUCUGGUUUAAUGGGAAAAAUCUUUUCCAAUAAUGACUUGCUCUCUGGACAGCUGGGGGCUUGGCAGUGAAGGGGAGCCAUGGGGCUGAGCUAAUGAGUGGAUUCGUAAUUAAUUAAUUGAAGGCAGGUGCAAGUGGAGCUUCCCGUCGCCUGACUCUCCUCCAUCUCUCUCUGAAGAGCGCCUCUGUCUCCUGGAGCCUAGUGCUAUCACCAACUGUUCAAGGGGAUUGAGUGAAACCUGGUGCUGGCUUUGCCAUGGACAGUGACUUUGGCAGGCAGGAUGGAGGCUGGUGCUUGCAUCCCCUCACCAUGGGGAUCAUGAGGAAACUGCCCAUUUCAACACCUUGCCUUUAUGUCUCCAUACCUGCCAGGCUCCAUACACUCAGACCAUGAUGACUGGCACCCAUAAAGGCAACCUUCUCUCUGCAGGGCAGCUCCCUGCUGCCCCUCCCUGGAGAAAUUUGAUUGCCUUGUUUACUGGAGCUGCACUGAGUUAGUUCACGCUUUACAGCUUUAUAUCCCAGGUGAGCCAAAAACUCACCUGGACAUGAGAGGUGAUGGUGAACCCCCAAGUGCAGAUUCCCGUUCAGCUGAGCACUAGAGACCCCACUGCAGUCAGUGCCACUGCUGCUCAGUCCACACCACAUCCAUUUAGCCUUACUUUGGCUGCUCUGGUGGGCACUCAGCAGAGCCCUAUUGCUGUGAGUACAGAGAAGACCCUGAGUUUUGGUCCAUACAUGUCCAUACAGGACUUGCAUUUCAUUCAAUAGGUCCGUAUUGUUCCUUGCACUGGUCAGGCAGGACUAGGCUUUCCUUUCAUUGCCUUUUACAGGCAGUGACCUAUUGAAGGAAACAAACUUACCAUGACUGAAGCAGCUUAAUAGGAAAAUAACUAAUCCGUAAUGUGUUGAGAGGGAAUGACUCCUCUCUAGGCUCCUGUAUCGUAACUCAGUUACACCACUAAUAUCCAAAAUGGAAAGCACUGAAUUAAACACUCAGCGUCUCUACCCCCGCCUUGGCCCGAGUGCCAAAAAUCAAGCGGAGAAAUAUAGUGCUGCUUCCUUGUGCUGCAGCCGUGGGUGGAGGGCUGUGGGAUGAGCCAGCGUGGGCUGGCGGCUCAGGACUGUUUGCUGCAAAAGGCUUUGCUAAUAUUUCCUCAGUUAAAUGUUUACAAACCCAGAGGAAAUAGCUGUGCCAGAUGUGGCUGAUAAGUCCCUAUCAGGUCCCUCCUGGUGUAGCGCAGGGCUGCUUUGUCACCCUUUGGAUCAGCAGCCAAUCUCGUGCUUAAUAACAGAGUUGACUGACUUCUUUACAAACGCCAUCAAAGCUUCAAGCGCUACUUUUGCCCUUCUUGUCUCUUGGGCUCAUACAGAAAGUAACUCUGACCUGGUCUCAAGCCCAGCCUGCCUCACAGCUCUUGAGCCACAGUCCCAAGUGGAGUGGCCUUCACCAGAGGCACACGGCAUCUCUUCCCUCAUGCCACCACCUCCCCGAUAAGCUCUGUUGGACAAUGCAGAGACUGCCCCUCGGGAAGCGCUUCCCGAAGGUAUCCUGCACCAGCAAAGCGGGGCAGCUCUUCCAGCAGCCUUCAGAGACAGCUGUUGCCAAAUGAAUGUCAACCUCAUAUUUUAAGAAGGCAGUCGAUGUGUUUACCAGAACGAGGGAGCCCUUUACAGCGCAGCAAUAAUCCAGCGCUCGGCCAUGAAAUCCUCAGCACAGUGUCACAUCCAUCCCUUUCGGUGGAGGAGUUUUAUUAACUUUGGGUGUGAAAAGUUCUGGAGAGCAAGAAGUCUGUCUCUCUCUGAGAGAAAUAAGGAUGAUUUAAGCAGUCUGGGUCUGUUUGAGAUGGAGAGCGAGUCCCCCAGCUGACACAUCAGAGGGAAGAACUGUAAGCCGAGGCUGCAUUUAUUAAAGAAGGAAGCUGGGGCUGUGUAAAGCCAACCUUUCUAAGCACUCCAUGAGAGCAUUUUAAUAAAAAGCACAACAAGCCUGCAACAAAUCAUGGCUUGGAAGCAAAAAAAAAAAAAAAAAUGUCAAUUCCUGUCAAGUUUUGAAAAAUUGUUUGAGCUUAAGGAAAAGCGAAUUCCUGCUAUGCUCCCCUCCUCUGCCCUUCACUCCCGUACAGGAGCAAAGCCACCCUAAACACCACCUGCGACACACCGCAAAUCAUGCUGGGGAGGAGGGGAUACAGCCACCAACCCAGCCCCAGGAAGCCCCCACAGAAGGAUUGAAGCUUAAAGAAAAUGAAAUUUAUAGUCGGAGCAUUAAAAUAUUAAAGGGCCUUAAAGAACAGCCAUUAAUCUGAUUUGGGUGGGGGGACCACAAUUCUGUCACCAGGCAGAGACAAACGGCUGUGGGACUUGACAACUCAUAUAAAUCUGGCAGAGGAGAAGAAAUAAAGCCCAAUCAGACCAAAAAAAAAAUAAAA